CUGGAGCGCUUUCUGCGCUUGCAUCUGGCUCUGGCCGGCCUGUUUGACUCUUCUGGCACUGAUCAGGUCUUUUGUUGGGCCGACGAGGUUGUUGGUGUUGCGACUGCCCUCGCCACGGAGGACACCCAAUCGCCGGCGGCAGCGGCGACGUCCUCCUCCCAGUUUGUCUUGCCUUAUCCUAGGGCAGACUUGCUGCGUCUGCAUUGCCUGAUAGACGCUGUGCGAGUGAGACAUGCUGCUCUACCUGAGCAACGAACUGUUGAGCAAGGGGCGUGUUUUGAGAAACUCCUCAACCUUUUGGAGGCUGUUGAUACCUCUGCUGCCGCUGCUACUGCUCCCGAAUCUCUUACUGACGUUAACAGUGGGGAGGGCCUAGUACAUCUGCAGAUCUCAAGUGAUCUUCAGCUUCUUGAGAUUCUUGAGCUCGCCCUUAAGCUGUGGCUUUACGAUAGGCUGCGCGAAAUGAGACAGCCUACAACGGACAAGCAGUCAUCCGUAGAUGCUGCGCUCCUUAUCAUGAUUCUGCAUCAGAGCACAGCUUGGUCGAAACUGCUGGUGCAGCUGAAUUCGGAGAUGCUACAGGAGCUGAUGAAGGUGAUUAAGGCGGACUGGACGGCGAUUCGUGCGCGAAUUCUCUCCUGGCUUAAGUCGGGAUUCAUUGUGGACGCUAGUCUUCUCGCCCAACUGGUUCAUAUUGAGUCUGAGGCUGGCUCUGACACGUAA